AUGUCCGACACCAAAGGCAUUCGUCGGCGCGUUGCUAAGCAGCCCGAACCCGUCCCAGCCGUCGAAAAUGUACCAUUGGAUGAUAGCGGCAAGACCGAGAAGCCAAUAGGCGGCCAGGUCUACGAGAAACCCAGUGAAUUUGACUUGGGCGACAUUCUUAUACAACAUCGCGCCCACGUCACUGGCCUCAUCUACACCGCUCUUUCGCUUUGGACGCGAUUUCAUCGUAUUGGACACUCAAACAAGGUUGUAUGGGACGAAGCACAUUUCGGCAAAUUUGGCUCGCAUUACCUGAAGCGCGAGUUCUACUUCGACGUGCAUCCACCACUGGGCAAGAUGAUUGUUGGGUUUGUUGGCCUGCUGGCGGGAUAUGAUGGGAGUUACGAGUUCAAGAGCGGGGAGGAGUACCCGGAGAAUGUCCCUUUUGUCGCAAUGCGCAUGAUGCUUGCGCUGUUUGGAGUGGGAAUGGUGCCAUUGGCGUGGUACACCGGAAUAGAGUUGGGUCUCUCGGAGUGGGCCUGCCAUUUAUUUGCGCUCAUGGUGCUUCUUGACCUUGGCUGGCUAUGCAUUUCUCGCUUUAUACUUCUCGACUCAAUGCUCUUGUUCUUCACGGUCCUCACGGUUUUCUGCCUGACCAAAUUCAACAACCAGCAGUCCAGACCGUUCUCCUUCGGCUGGUGGACUUGGUUGUCAAUGACGGGAAUUUCAAUCGGCUGCGCAACCAGCGUCAAAAUGAUUGGCCUUUUCGUAACUUCUCUCGUCGGUCUCUACACCAUAGAGGACCUUUGGAAUAAGUUUGGAGACGUGCAGAUGCCUGUUCGAACACAAAUCAAGCACUGGGUUGCUCGCGUUUAUUGUCUCAUCGUCAUUCCCAUCAUCGUCUUCAUGGCUUCAUUUAAGCUUCACUUCUUGGUCUUGAACGAGUCUGGCCCCGGAGAUUCUCAGAUGAGCUCUCUGUUCCAAGCGAAUCUGCAAGGUAGCGAGCUUGCAACAUAUCCAAUAGAGGUCGCAUUUGGCUCACGUAUAACACUGAAAGCAAUGGGAUUUGGUGGUGGACUGCUCCAUUCCCAUGCCCAUGUCUACCCUGAGGGUUCCGGCCAACAGCAGAUAACUUGCUAUCACCACAAAGAUAACAACAACGAAUUCACCAUCCUGCCCCGCUGGGACGAGCCGCCUAUUGACGAAUCCCAACCAAUCCGCUACCUCACUCAUGGAGACAUCAUCCGUCUUAACCAUGAUAUGACGACCCGGAACCUUCACUCUCACUCAGUCCCUGCACCGAUAACGAAGUUGCACCAUGAGGUCUCGUGCUACGGCAACUCGACAAUUGGAGACAUGCAUGACUACUGGGUCGUCGAGGUCUUGGAUGACUACAUUCUCGGUGGACAAGCCAAAGUGCCAAGGGUACGAACGCUAACAACGCGUCUACGCUUCAGACAUGAGGUUUUGGGAUGCUAUUUGUUUGCGGACAACACGAAUCUGCCUCAAUGGGGGUGGAAGCAGAUUGAGGUCAGUUGCAUGCCAGACAGCGACGCGAAAGAUAUCCGCACGCAUUGGAAUGUCGAGGGACACUGGAAUCAACGAUUGCCGCCUGGGGACAAAUCCAACUUCAAGACAUCUUUUCUGCGAGACUUUGUUGCUCUCAAUGUAGCAAUGAUGAACUCGAAUAACGCACUCAUUCCGGAUCCAGACAAGCAAGACAUUUUGGCGAGCAAGCCCCUUGACUGGCCAUUCCUCCAUCUUGGUCUGCGGAUGUGUGGCUGGGGAGACGAUGAUGUCAAAUACUAUUUGCUCGGCAACCCGAUAGUUUGGUGGGGCGGGGGCAUCAGCUUGAUAGCCUCGUUCGUCACUCUGGUCGCGUAUUUGAUGAGGAUGCAGAGACAGUAUUUUGUCAUGGGCGAUGUCGAAUGGAAUCAUUUCUUGUAUGUAAGCAAGAUUGCUGGCUUUGGAUGGGCCUUGCAUUACAUCCCCUUUAUGGUGAUGGGACGAGUAACCUAUGUCCACCAUUAUUUGCCAACACUCUACUUUGCUGUCCUGAUGUUUGUACACAUGCUGGACCACUUCAUAUUCUCCUCGCCUCGGUUCAACGCCACUGCUCGUGCCAUUACGUUCGGGAUCGUUGCGAGCGCUGUCAUAGCCACAUUCUGGUGGUUCAAGGGCAUAGCAUUUGGUAUCGAUGGCCCAAUACGGGAACAUUGGGGCCUGUCGUGGCGGAACACGUGGAAUAUUUAUAAUCAAUGA